AAGAAAGAGAGGCGUUGAAAGACUUACAAAAAGACGCAAAUAUAGUGAUUAAACCUGCGGAUAAAGGGGGAGGAGUAAUAAUUUGGAAAAAGGAGAAAUAUAUGGAAGAGAUUUAUAGACAAUUAGAAGACUCUAGUACGUAUCAAGAACUCCAAGAUAAUCCACUUAACAAAAAUGUAGAACUAUAUCAGACGUUUUUAAAUAAAGGAUUGGAAAAAGGUAUUCUAAACCAAAAAGAAUUCGAGUUUUUAAACGUUAAGUUCCCAAAAAUCCCUGUCUUUUAUGUGCUUCCAAAAGUACAUAAAAAUGCAGAUAAUCCACCAGGGAGACCCAUAGUCUCAGGCAUAGGAUCCCUUUUAGCCCCACUCUCAAAAUAUAUCGACCAGUUUUUACAAGAUCCUGUUAAGAAAUGUAGAGCGUAUCUUAAAGACACAAUGAGUCUUUUAAAUAUUCUAAAUGAUUUUAAGUGGGAAGAUAACUACAUUUUGGCAACUGCAGAUGUGAACAGCCUUUACACCAAUAUUGAUCACAGUAGGGGUUGUGAGGCUGCAGCUCAUUUUUUAAGAAAAUUUAGUGAGUUGUCAGACAUCCAAAUCAACUUUAUUAUUGAAGGAAUAGAGAUAAUACUUAAUAAUAAUUUUUUUUGGUUUAAUAAAAAAUUUUAUCUGCAGAUUAAAGGUACAGCUAUGGGGACCAGAUUUGCCCCAAGCUAUGCUAAUCUUUUCAUGUCAUAUUGGGAAGACUGCUUUAUCUUCAAUGAUGAAAUAAUUGGGGCAAAUCUGGUCCUCUAUAAGCGCUAUAUAGAUGAUGUGUUUUUAAUAUGGAAAGGUAGUGAGGAAACACUUCAAACACUUUUUAACAACUUAAAUAAAAAUAAGUGGAAUAUUACCCUUACAUAUGACAUUAGUCGGCAAACCAUUAAUUUUUUAGAUUUAACCAUUUUUAUUGAAGAACAAAAGAUUAAAAGUAAAACCUAUUUUAAGUCGGUUGACGUUAAUAGUUUUAUUGACUGUAAAAGUUGCCAUUUUAGACCAUGGCUGGAAAAUAUCCCAAAAGGACAAAUGUUACGGAUUAAAAGGAACUGUACUGAAAAUAAAGAGUUUGUACAGCAAACAGAAAGAUUAAUGGGACAGUUUGAGGAAAAAGGUUAUAAUAGUAAUACCCUGGAAAAAACCUUUAGAGAGAUUGAAAAAAUUGAUAGACAAGCACUUUUACAAUAUAAAAAUAAAAAUAAACCUUUAGGUCAAAGAGAGGAUGAGGAAGUACCUCUUAUCUUUGAUUUUAGCUCCAAUAAUAAGGACCUGAGGAAAAUAAUUUAUAAAAACUGGCAUAUUUUAAAAACAGAUGAUAGGUUAACAAGUUUUAUAAAGGAAAAACCAAAAAUUAUUUUUAGAGGGGCGAGGAAUCUUAAACAAGUUUUAACUAAAAGUUUUUUAGAUAUUGAUAAGAAGGAUAAUUUUUUGAAACAACCAAAUGGAUUUUAUUAUUGUGGAGACUGUAGGGGCUGUAAAGCAACCAAAAAUAGGCCUUCCAAAAAAAUCCAGAAUUUUUCGUCCAAAACUUCAAUAAAAAAGUAUGAUAUUAAAUCCUUUAUAACAUGUAAUAGUAAAGGGGUGAUAUACAUGUUAACCUGUCCAUGUGGUUUACAGUACAUAGGGAGGACCUCUCGUAGUCUCAAAAUCAGAAUUAGGGAACACAUCUAUAAUAUUAAUCGCAAAUUUGAAAAUCAUAGUGUGUCUAAACACUUUAUGGAGUAUCAUAAUAGUGAUCCAAAAGACUUAGAUUUUGUAGGAAUUGAAAAAGUAGACAUACAUUGGAGAGGGGGAGAUAAAGAAAAUUUAUUAAAUAGGACGGAAAUGAAAUGGAUCUUUAAUAUGGACACUCUAAUACCACAAGGUCUAAAUGUGGACUUUGAGAUCACCCCAUAUUUAUAAAGUCAAUUUUAGUUGUAUUGUAAUCAUUUUUUAUAUCCAAAAAAUUUUUUACAAAAAUUUUUAGGAAUUUUUUAAAAUAAUUUAUUAGAUUUUUAAUUAGUAUAUAUAGGUAAUUCACGGUACCAAAAGGGUAUUUAUUUAUAUAUACCUGGAAGAUUUCCAAAUCUACAUACAGUAUGUAAUUAAAUUGGGUUGAUCUUAAUCUCCUUUCUAUAUAUAUUUAGAUAUAUGUUUUUAAAUAUCAAUGUUUUGUGAAUUUGAAUUUAUAUUUAUAUUUAUAUGUAUUCCCUUUCCCCCCUUUUUCUCUCUGUAGUAUAUUUGAUAUAUGUAAAUGUGUAUCUACUAUAUCAUAUGGUGUGAACUGUAAUUUUAAUUUAAAUUAUGGCUUUUGCCCUCUCUGGACGUCUAAGAGAUCCAUUUUUAAAGAGGGAAAAUUGAUUUAGGACUUGUUGCCCCGCCCCUGACGUAAACGCCACGACGGCAAUGCGAUGUGGACGUCAUGACGUCAUACGUGGGGGAUGUUACGUUUGUGAGUGGCGCCGGAAGUAGAGGAGAAUGCGGCCAGACGCCAAAUAAUGACGUGGAUGCGGCCGAAUACCGGAAACCGGAAGAGGAAGUGAAUUCCAGCCGGCAGGAAGGGCGCCAAGAAAGAGGUAUUUAAAUCAGACAGAAAGAAGAAAGAUGGACUUUUGAAAAAGGCUAUAUGCCGAAACGCGUCAAGUUUAUUUUUAAGAGGACUUUUUAAAACAACAGUGUUUGUUUGUAUCCAGCUUUUUAAUAUAUGUGGAAUAAAAGUUUUUUGCACUUCAUCAUUUCUUGCAUCCAGAUUUGAUUGAAACAGCUUGAACUAAGGACCACAAAGUGAAUUGAGCUUGGAGUUCUCUUGUACAUAUGCUGAUAUGCAGUUAGUCUGAGCCAGCUUUUUUAAGUGGCUCAUGACCAUGUGAGUUUGACCAUAUUAAGGUAUUUUAAGCAUUACAGUUGCUUCGUUAUUACCCUAUAUGUUCUUUUCUCUUGUUUUUAGAUUCCUAUGGAGGUUUAAGUAAUACAAGGGUAAAAAUAUACAGUGUGCUCUCACCAUUCACAAUUUUGUAUACAUCCAGUCGUGCCCAAUCCAUAUAACCUGCUUGCUUUAAUUCCGGGCGGGGCUACUUACUUUACAGUCUUAGAUCUCAAAGAUGCCUUCUUUUGCCUCCGAAUUGCCGCAGAAAGCCAAUGUAUCUUCGCUUUCCAAUGGGAAAAUGCUGUAACGGGCUCGAAACGCCAAAUGACCUGGACAAGAUUGCCCCAGGGGUUUAAAAAUUCACCUACCCUAUUUGGUUCAGCUCUAAGUCAAGAUCUACUAGAUUUCGAGUCUAUCCCAGGAGAGUGUGUAUUAUUACAAUAUGUAGAUGACUUGUUGAUAGCAGCAGUUACAAAGGAAGUAUGUCAGCAAGCAACGCACGAUCUACUACACAUUCUCUGGAAGGCAGGAUACAAGGUGUCAAGAAGGAAGGCUCAGUUGUGUUUGCCAACUGUCAAAUAUCUGGGAUUCCAUAUCUCUGAAGGUCAAAGAAUUAUGGGGCCAGAGAGAAAAGAAGCUGUGUGCCAAAUACCGAUACCCAGGAAUAGAAGACAAGUGCGAGAAUUCUUGGGGGCAGCAGGCUUCUGUAGGAUAUGGAUUCCCAGCUACGCGAUACUGGCAAAACCUCUGUAUGCAGCUAUCAAAGGUACAGAGCACGACCCCUUCUUAUGGACUCAAGAACAGCAAACGGCAUUCGAAGAUGUGAAGAGGGCUUUGAUGAGUGCCCCAGCAUUAGGUCUACCUGACCACACACGGCCAUUCUACCUGUAUGUACAUGAGCAAAGAAGAAUGGCUGUGGGAGUAUUGACACAGUACUUGGGAUCAUGGCAAAGACCUGUUGCCUACAUGUCUAAGCAACUGGAUGCAGUGGCCAGCGGACUUCCACCUUGUCUAAGAGCUGUAGCUGCAGCCGCCCUGCUAGUAGCUGAAGCCGAUAAACUCACUCUGGGUCAAGAACUUUAUGUACGAGUUCCACAUGCAGUACAGACGUUGUUGGAUUACAAAGGAAAUCAUUGGUUUAGUAACAGCCGUAUGACCAAGUAUCAAGCAAUGUUGUGUGAAAACCCAAGAGUGCAUUUAGAGACUGUAAAUACCUUAAAUCCAGCUACCCUUUUGCCACAACCUACUGAAAGUCAACAUGAUUGUUUGGAAGUAAUGGAUGAAGUAUUUUCAAGUAGACCAGAUCUUCGUGAUUUUCCCAUCCAGAACCCUGAUGUUCAAUAUUACACCGACGGCAGUAGUUAUGUAAAAGAAGGGAUCCGCUAUGCAGGAUAUGCAGUAACAACGAUAGACAAGGUGAUAGAAGCUCGGCCACUGGCAAAAGGAACAUCAGCACAAAAGGCAGAAUUGAUAGCACUGACACGAGCGUUACAAUUGGCUGAAGGUUUAAGAGUGAACAUCUACACGGACUCCAAGUAUGCGUUUUUAACCACUCAUGCCCACGGAGCUUUGUAUAAAGAAAGAGGACUAUUGAAUUCAGAAGGCAAAGAAAUCAAAUACGCAGCUGAGAUCCUACAACUAUUGGAAGCAGUGUGGGAGCCGAAAGAAGUCGGUAUUAUACAUUGUCGGGCGCAUCUGAGAGGAGAUGGUGAUGUAACCAAAGGGAAUCGGAUGGCAGAUAGUACAGCUAAGCGUGCUGCUGAAUCAGGAAGACAGGAAUAUGUGGGGCAUAUAGCUGCUCUUAUACCAACUCCACUGUCUCAAUGGACUCCAAUUUAUACAGCUCAAGAAGAGGAGUGGUUAAGGACUGAACCUGGAAAGUAUUUGGAGAACAAAUGGUAUCAGUUAGAAGAUGGAAGAAUAGUUAUUCCAGCAUCACUAGCGGUAGAAAUUGUCCAAAACUAUCAUAACGGGACACAUUCUGGGAGAGACAGUACAGAAGAAUCUCUCAGAAAACAUUUCUACAUACCAAGAUUGUCCAACUUGACUCAGGCCAUUGUACGUAGAUGUGUAACGUGUGCUAAAAAUAAUGCAAGACAAGGACCAGUAAAGCCACCAGGAGUCCAGUUUAUGGGGGGACUUCCCAUGUCCGAUUUACAAAUUGACUAUACAGUGAUGCCUAAAUCGGGUGGACAUCGCUACCUGCUGGUAGUGGUGUGCACCUAUUCAGGCUGGGUAGAAGCAUGUCCUACUCGUACAGAGAAAGCAGGAGAAGUCGUGAGAUUCCUGCUACGAGAAAUAAUACCCCGAUAUGGACUACCCUGCUCUAUAGGAUCGGACAAUGGUCCAGCUUUUGUUCAUCAGUGCCUACAACAAUUGACUCAUAUGCUUGGUAUAAAGUGGAGGCUUCAUACGGCAUAUAGACCCCAGAGUUCUGGUAAGGUAGAGAGAAUGAAUAGAACUAUUAAGAAUCAGUUGGCUAAAAUGUGUCAGGAAACCCAACUUAAGUGGAACGUUCUCUUGCCCAUAGCUCUAUUGCGAAUCCGUAGUACACCUACCAGAAGGAUGGGCCUCUCUCCUUUUGAAAUCAUGUACGGGCGACCACCUCCCGUGCUUGGUAACUUAAGGGGGGAUUUGAGUCAGUUGGGAGAAGGAAUUACCCGGCAGCAGGUUGUAGAGUUGGGUAAGACUAUGGAGGAGGUACAGAAAUGGGUACAAGAUAGAUUACCUGUGAAUAUUUAUCCCCCAAUUCAUAGUUACCACCCAGGCGACCAAGUGUGGAUUAAAGAGUGGAAUAAUGUGCCGUUAGGGCCCAAGUGGAGAGGUCCUUAUGUUGUUCUUCUGUCUACCCCUACAGCGAUAAAAGUAGCCGAAGUGGCUCCGUGGAUACAUCACUCCAGGGUUAAACCAGCAGCAGCCGAUUCCUGGCAAGUUACAGCAAAUCCAGAGAAUCCCUGCAAGAUCCGGUUAAAACGCACGACUCAGUCGGAGUGACGAGGAACCUUGUAGAUUACAAAUUUUAUUGUUUCAGAGACUUGGUAAGUGAGUGAGAAGGCCAUAAUAAAGCCUGUCCACUCACCAACGAGUGUAUAAGUCAGGGAAAGUCUUGAGGGGACCCCUGUGAAGACGAGCAGAACUCCAUUCCCUGCAGUCCUUACAUCCUGGAAGCUGAGGUGCCUUCACACGGACGAAGACUGAGGAUGACGACGAAAGAUGUAUUUUUAAUAAUGUUUAUUUAUGUGUAUUUUUAUAUUCAGGAAG